AUGGACCUUGUGGCCAUUGAAAAUGAUUACUUCCUUGUUCGUUUUACUGCCAAAAAAGAUUAUGAAUUUGCUAAACUUGAAGGCCCUUGGAUGAUAUUAGAUCAUUAUCUUGUGGUGAAGGAAUGGCACCCCAACUUUGAUCCCCUUACAGAUAAAACGGAAAAACUCAUAGUGUGGGUGAGAUUCCCGUGUCUACCUAUAGAGUAUUUCAACUUUGUAUUCCUUGAAAAAGUGGGGAAGAAGAUCGGAAAGCCUAUUCGUGCCGAUAUCUCAACAGUUAUGGCAACAAGGGGGAGGUAUGCUAGGAUAUGUGUAGAAGUUGAUAUAACCAAACCACUCCUAGCCAAAUUCAAGCUUUACAAUCGAGUUCGCAGAAUCGAAUAUGAAGGCAUACAUUUGGUGUGUUUUGGGUGCGGAAGGUAUGGACAUAAAAAAGAGGCGUGUCCAGUCGGAAACAAGGCAGAUAAUCCGGUGGAGAUGGAUAAUGUGCAACCCAACCAAAACCCAUUAGCCGGUGAGGAAGGUGCAAACAAAGAAGAGUUCAUCGAGAUUGAAGGGAAUUUCAGAAAAUUACAGAUUAUUCGGCCAGAAGUGGUGGAAGACUUUGGCCCUUGGAUGCUUGCCCAGCGCAAACAGAGGAGAUUUGGGAAUUAUAAUCCAAGAACUAACACAGGAAGGAAACACCAAGGAAAUGUGGAUAAUACAAAAAAUAAAGAAGUUCAGAAGAAACAUCCCCAAAAACCUGUGGGAGAAAAUUCGAGGUUCAGUGUGUUAUACGACUUAGAGGAAAAUGACAAUGAACAGACUGAAGAUUGUGAACAAAGGGAAGUGGUUCAGUUGAACUCAAGGGAUCAUACUGCCCAACCUAGCCGUGGGUUACAGGGCAAGGGGAAAAGACCACAGAUUCAAAUUUCUGCCAAACAAAUUGAUAAUGACAAAAACCAGCCCAGGCAACCGUCCAGUGACAAGCCAAGAUAA